CCCCUCCACCGGCCUGGCUCACCUGUCCAUAACCUGUGUUCUUGCCUAGAAGUGUGCACUAGUGCGUGCAUGCCUGAGUGUGUGUGUGCGUGAGUGUGUUAGGUGUGUUGUCCGCCAGAGGGAGUGUAUAGUUUGCUGCUUGUGAAAGCUUAUGGGUGCUGUGCCAGCUUUUAAUUAGAAAGUAACCGGAGGUGUAUUGUGUCUGCUCUGCUUCUGUGAGUUCGUGUUUUACAUCUAUGCAUGUAAGCAUAUAUAUAUAUAUAUAUACAUAUAUAUAUAGAUAUGGGUAUACAUAUAUAUAUAGGCUUGGUAUUAUGAGUGUAUUUGCUUAAGAUGCACAGCAUUUCUUUUGGACAACAACUCCUUCCUCACAAAUGUCCCUGUAUCUUGACACCUGUUUGAUCUCCCAAAGUCCAUAAAAGACAGAAACAAAAGCUCCGGCAGGAUGAGUGACCGUUCCGGUGCGAGCACUCUAGCGGCCAUGACGCUGGAGGAGCCGGGGGCGGAACAGGCGUCUCCCCGGGCCCCGGGCCCUCUCCGUUGUGGGCCCUGCGCUGUGUGGCCCCGCCAGCAAACCUGGCUUUGCGCUGUGCCUCUGGUCAUGGGAUUUGUGGGGCUGGGACUCAGUCUCAUGCUGCUAAAAUGGAUCGUGGUGGGUUCUGUCCAAGACUAUGUCCCCACUGAUCUGGUGGACUCCAAAGGCAGCAUUGGACAGGACCCUAUAUUUCUCUCCAAACCCAGUACCAUGCCCAAAGGGCCUGACAUUUCCACCACCACCACUUUAGUUGCAUCUACGACACCAGUGGUGUCAACUACAACACCACUAGCUGCAGACGGUACCGCCCCGGCGCCAAGAACUCGAUCAGGGCCACCAGCAAACCACUCGGCAAACGGCAGCACUGCCAAUGGAGAUGACAAUCGCGCGCCACACCUGCAUAACCACGUUGGCACUCGCAUCAGCGGGACUGCAGUUACCACUUCUGCUACUCGCACCACCCGACUCACCCCGUCUCACAGUGGCAAGGACGUCACCCCUCGCAGUACCGUCAGCAGGAAAGGGAGCGGCGGUGGUAAUGGACGCAAUGGAGCUGCCAGCUCAAAGCCGGGACAGACGUCUCCCGUCAUCACCGCCACGUCAACCACCACCACGGCUACCUUGAAGAGCCCUCCCAAGGUACAACCCACCUCCUCCCAAACGGCGGCCCCAAUGAAGCCCACAUCACGCUGGAAUCACGGCCGCCCAGGAAAGGGUCCAGUCACACGCCCGCACCACCGCUUCAGAACACCAUUGGCCCCAACACUUCCUAGUGUUCGCUCCGAGGUCUUUAAGCCAUGUGUGGAGGACAAAGACCUGGCCUUUUGUCUGAAUGAAGGAGAAUGUUCCAUUAUCCAGACUGUGGCUGGGGUUCACAGACACUGCAGGUGUAAGGAGGGCUACCAUGGACUACGCUGUGACCAGUUUGUACCCAAGACGGACGCUAUCCUAUCCGACCCAACGGACGAACUUGGGAUCGAGUUCAUGGAGAGUGGUGACACCUACCAGAGGCAGGUGCUGUCCAUCUUCAGCAUCGCCUCGGGGAUCUGUCUUCUUGGAGUGGCAUGUAUGGCUCUCUACCGCCGCAACAAGAAACACAGAGAAAAACUCCAGGCUCAAUUCUCCAACAGCCGCAGCUUGAGAGACUGCAGCGUCAACGCCUCUGGCCUCAUGUCCAAAUCCACACCCAGGCUUCAAUACAACCUUCAUCUCCAAAAGAGUUGCAGUUCUCAUGGAUCAUCUGUUAAGGGCGGCAACGUGACACCAGGCACAUCCACGGCAGCCCCACCUAUUCUCAGCAAAGCGCUGUCUAAAGGGAAACGCUUCAGGAGCAGCUCCCUCUCUCUCAGCCCAGCGCUGCAGCGGAAGGAGGCCAACCGCUUCCGGACCCCACCCAUCUCCAGAGGGAGGCGUAAGAUAUCGACAAAUCUCAUCGACGGAUCCAGAGUGGCCGGUCACAUCUACAAACACCUGCAAGAGGAUGAGCCCACAGAUGUGGAGUCCAUAAGAAGGUGCGACUCUGCAAGCGGAAGGACCGGCCCCCUCCUGAGCAGGACCCCUCUGUCUUACUUUACCGCCAGAAAAGGAUGGACUGAGGUCCCCUGCACCCGCCUUGAUAAGGGAACCAUUUUCCUUCCGCCGUCUCUGCGCACUCGCUCUGUGCCCAUCAUCCCAUCACUCCAAGCAUGUGACCCUGAGGCACCGCAUGAGAACUCAAGUGACCGGAACCAAGCAGGGAUCCUCAAAUGGCACCCAACACUGGCUGAGAAGUCCGGGCAGCCCAUUAGCAAUCCUCCCUCCCAGCCUGAGACUGUUGUGUUGGCGACUGCAGCUGCACCCAGCGGCAUCAGCCGCCCUGCCACCGACUGCGGUCCUCUGGGAUCGGAGAGGAACCUCGGCUCUGCUGAGGCGCCCAUUGGGUCUACUGAGUAUACAACAGAAAUUGCCCAGGAUUUAAAGCAGAAACGCCUUUCCAGCCCCAAGAAAAUGUCUGGAUCGCACAGCAAGAGCCAUCACAAUGGCACAAACACCCUAGAGGAUGGGACUGUGCAGGAAUCAGGGAGGAAAAGUGUUCAGUAUUCAACCAGAGCUCUGCACACAACCAGCGGGACCAGAGGUCUGAAGGCAGCAGGCCAAAGAGAAAUUCAGGGACAGUGCCAAGGUCAGACAUCUUCCUUGAACGGAGGAGCGUACUGCUUCCUGGCCAAAGGGCCCAGCUGCAGAGGAACUGGUAACACGUACGCCAGCCCCUCUGCAAGCUGAUUGGAUUAACUCUGCAAUGCUUCAAAGAGACCUUUUCUAUUGACUGUACACCUUUGCUGGUGGCACUGAACGGUUAGCAGGUGGGACAAUCUGUGUGGCCACAUGGACCAAUAACAGAUGGGUUUCAAUUCUGGAGGAACAUGAACAGAUUGAACUGCCAACGAAAAAAUAACUCAACACAAAAAACAUCAAAUCACAAAGAAAAAGAGACAUACAAACACACAUUGUGAAUAAAUGUGACUCAAUAAGGAAAACAGAAGCGUGACUUGAGUGGGAGCUUGACUUGAACUGUUUAUUAAAAAAAAAAUGUGACUAUUUAAAAGGAGGUUCUACUUAGAAACCAAAAUAGUGUGUCAUCUCUAUGUUGUUUCGCUAUUGUAAAGAAAUGAAAUUAUAUAUGUCAUAUAAUAUAUGUCAUAUAGACGUAUAUAUAUUUGACAUACAAUUGUGAGAAAAUAAAGAAUAAGA